AUGGCUCCUUCGAUUACGUCUCCGAAGCCCGCAACAUCCGCAAGGACUGGACUGCGCCUUGGCAGUGUAUCGAACAGCCGUGAGGCGACCCCGACGGCGGCGAAGCCAGGGCCAGGAACAGUAGCCAAGGCUGACGCCGAUCUUACUUCUAUCUUCAAAGCCGAUCUCACGAGUAUCCGAAGUUUAGUAACGUGCUCCAUCUGCGACCAGUUGCUCUACGAACCGUGGACGUUGGGCUGUGGACAUACAUAUUGCUACUCUUGUCUGUGCAACUGGUUCCUUCCCAAUAGAAGGAAGAAGACUUGCCCAGAAUGUCGUAAUUUGGUCAAGCAAAUUCCGUCUCCAUCCUUUCUCGUGAAGCAACUGGUCGAGAUCUUCAUCAAGCGGAGCGAACUGAUGCCAUCCGAUGAAUCUGUUGAACAACAUCAAAAGAGGAGAGCUGAAGAGACAGGAGACGUCGAUCGAGAUCGGAAUAGCCCCAAGGGUCUUUUCAAAGGUGCAUUCCCGCCACCCAGCAGAGAUCUCAUCUUUGAUGAGCAAGACGGUGUUUUGAGAUGCCCCCAUUGUCUCACGGAACACGAAGGGGGGCCAACAUGCCAAACUUGUUUUCUGCCAGUCGAAAACGGAUAUGAAUUCAGCGACAUGGACCCGGAUGAUGUAGAUGAUCUGGAGCUUGACCUGGACCUAGAGGACGAGUUCGCUGGUCAUCACCACCACCACUUUUUGGAAAUUCCCCAUUUCGGGUUCCAACACUUUCACCACCAACACCUCUAUCAUCAUGGCGAAUCAGUAACAUCGAAUUCCGAUAGCAGCCACUUUAAUGAGGAUAGUGACGUUGAUGACGAGGACAACGAAGACGAGGAUGAGGAGGAGGACGAGGAUGAUGAUAGCUCAUUACGUGACUUUGUCGUGCCAGACGACGACGACCCCGGCUCAGUAUCUCGCCGGGAAUCGACCAAUAAUCCUAGACGCAGGCGUCCUAUAACCAUAUCAGAUGAUGAGUCGGAUGAAGGUGGUGUGAUAUCAGAUCGUAGGCCAAGACGUGCCGGCCGGGCAGUGGGAAAUCCGGGUUCUGCCCGACACUCGGUAGUUGAAUUGAGCAGCUCGGAUCAUGGCGAUUUAAACGAAGAGGCGAUGGUGCUACGAGAUGCCGGAUGGAGUCCUCUAAGCCAGGAAAAUGAUAGUGACAUUGAAGAGGCGGUACCUCGUAGAUAUAUCUAUGGUGCUGACACUGAAGAUGAGGAUGGUAGCGACACAGAAACUAUUGGGAAUAGAGAUUCCUACGACGAAGACGAUCGAUCUCGGAAUGAGUCUUCAGCAACACCACAAUACGAAUAUGCCCGUUAUUACGGCGGUCCUAGCUAUGAAAGCGAAGGCGAAGAUGAAGAUGAAGGCACUUCAGAGGCAGGUCAGUCCAAGGCAACGGACCUAGAUGGAGAUACCGAGAUGAGCGCUUCUCCUGGAGCAUCGAGGACAAGCCGAAGCGUUAGCCUCGAUACAGAUGAAGGUUAUGGCUAUGGAACACCGACGCCAGGGAGUCGUAGUGCUAGCGUCAGCACGGGAUAUGGUUACGACGCGGGCGAAAAUCUUGGGGAUACGAAUCAAAUGUACGAAGUAGGGGAAGACUCUUCAGACAGUUCGAUACGUCCACCACCUAGACGGAUACCGAGACGACAGCAGCAGAACAUACGAGUGCAACAAUAUGAUCCUCGGAUUAGUAUGAUAUUUGCAGAGCAUCAACAGAGCAUGAGGGGCGUCCAGGGACGCCAGGAAAACCCAAGCGAACUGGAUGAUGAGGCUCUAAGAGUGGAACCGGCCUCUAGAACACGACGGAUGGCUGCAUAUCGAUAUCGUCUGCAGCCACCACGACGGGCCGAUCCGUUAAGGAGGUCUCCUUCAGCAACUCGAAUCAUCUCAUCUCCAAAUAGAAAUACUCGUUUGCCUCGGCAGUAUCAGCGCCGAAAUUAA